AUGGCUGCUCGUGCGUUCCUCACUGCUGCUCUCUUGGGCACUGCAGCUCUUGCCGUUCCCAUCGAGGAGAGGCAGUCUUGCGGAGCCGUCUGCACUUGCGUCGUCAACAACGCUUAUUACAGCCAGUGCUUGCCCGGCAGCGCCUCGUCCGCCAGCUCUGCUGCCGCUUCAUCGACUGUUCGCUCUAGCUCUUCCGCAGUCGUUAGCCCUUCGCGAACCUCGACAACCGCCGGGGCCGGUACCACUACCACGCAGGCCGGAACUGCCACCACUAGCGCUCCCGCGGUCACCGGUGGUGCGACCUACACGGGCAAUCCCUUUGCCGGAGUCAACCUCUGGGCCAACUCAUACUAUGCCUCCGAGAUUACGACUUUGGCUAUCCCGUCACUGAGCCCUGCUUUGCAGACGGCGGCUGCCGCCGUUGCCAAGGUCCCUACCUUCAUGUGGAUGGACACUCGUGCCAAGAUUCCCUUGGUUGACUCCACGCUGGCCGAUAUUCGCAAGGCCAACGCCGCUGGCGGCAACUACGCCGGCCAGUUCGUCGUCUACGAUCUUCCCGACCGCGACUGCGCUGCUGCCGCCUCCAACGGCGAAUACGCCAUCGCUGACGGUGGUGUUGCCAAGUACAAGGAGUACAUCGACGCCAUACGCACUAUGAUUCUCAAGUACUCUGACAUUCGCAUUCUCCUGGUGAUCGAGCCUGAUUCCCUGGCAAACUUGGUCACCAACCUCAACGUUGCCAAGUGCUCCGGUGCCCAGGCCGCCUACCUCGAGUGCACCAACUAUGCUGUCACUCAGCUCAACCUGCCCAAUGUCGCCAUGUACCUUGAUGGCGGCCACGCGGGUUGGUUAGGAUGGGCUGCAAACUUGGGACCCGCCGCGAACAUGUACGCAAAGGUCUACAAAGAUGCCGGCAGCCCCAAGGCUCUCCGUGGAAUCGUGACCAACGUGGCCAACUACAACGCAUGGAGCGUUAGCUCCCCGCCUUCCUACACCUCAGGCAACUCCAACUAUGACGAGAAGCACUACGUCGAGGCUCUCCAGCCCCUUCUCGCGGCUCAGGGAUGGGACGCUCACUUCAUCGUUGACCAAGGCCGCUCUGGUAAGCAGCCCACUGGCCAGUUGGCUUGGGGUGACUGGUGCAAUGCCAUCGGCACCGGUUUUGGUCUCCGUCCCUCCACCAACACAGGCUCAUCUCUUGUUGAUUCUUUUGUCUGGGUGAAGCCUGGUGGUGAGAGUGACGGCACUUCCCUCACUACCGCCACUCGCUACGACUACAACUGCGGCAAGGAGGACGCUCUGAAGCCCGCUCCUGAGGCCGGAACUUGGUUCCAGGCCUACUUCGAGCAGCUCCUCGAACAGGAUGCGAUUCUUGGCGGCCAAGAAGCCCAGCAACCCAGAGAUACUAGCCUCCCAGAAGCGAGCAGCACAAACGAAGCCGAUAAUUCGGCCCCAUCUUCCGGGGUCGCUAAGCACUCGAUACGGUCUAAAAUCCUAAUGACAAUCAAGACAAAGUUGAAAGGAAAGGGGAAGAGCAGUGGAGUGCCCUUGGAUCCUCGAUCCCCUCCCUUCCAACCCUUUACCUCUAGCGCAGGCAUGAGGCCUUCAUGGCUAGAUCCAGGAGAGGAUACAAAGUUGGCAGAUAGUAACCCUUACUCUGCCCGUUUACCGGUCAUGACAGUAGAUGGGACCGCCGUCUCGGGCUCUUCAACGCGACAAAGGUGGCAAGCCCCACACUUCCAUAUAAAUAACGAAUUGCCAACUCAAUGGGUGACACCUCGACCUUUCGAUCCUACUGCUGUCCAGCCAUAUCGGCCCACGCCAGAGGGCCCCGCGGAGGCGUUUGCUUACAACCACGGCACCACCCCGGACAGGCUUCGAAAGCCAUUAUCAACACCCCUAUCCUCGCCCUGCGUACCCCCAUCUUUGCUCAGACCUUCCCACAACAACCAGCCAAACGUCUCGAUAAUCCAGGAAUUCUCGUCUCCUAAUCCGUCGUGCCAGGAAGAAGAAGAAGUGCUUCGACGCUUCAUUAGGUUUGCAACGGGCCGUAGGUGUCCAAGAUGCAAGCGUGGCGUCGCAAUUGAGAGCAGCACCAUCUUCCAACACGCCAGUGUCAUUCUUCUAGGUCGAAAGACUAUCGAACUGGGCAGCCAUUAUGUUAGAUGCUCUUGCGGGAUCUCAUACUGUUUCGGCUGCUCCCGAAUCGGAGAUAAUUUAAGGACGCCAUUCGCCGGUUCCAAGUCGACCAAAUGGUGCUGCCCCCCUGGUCGACUUUUCCACAUCUUUGCUCUCCUGUGCGGCCCGACCGCCCACGCUGCAAACUCGCGGGUCUCUAUCUUUCAAGACUCCCAAGUGGACUCGAUCGAGAAGCCCCCCAAAACCGAGAAAAAGUCCGGGUCGAGAUUCAAGAGCUACUUCAAGACCAGCGAUGACCAAGGCACAUCUAAAGGAACGGGCUACGCAACGGGUAAGCUCGACAGAAAGAAAGAGAAGCCCGAUGAACUCGCCUGUAUUCGCCGCGAAGACCUUGAGAACAGCAUGGUCCGGUUACCCAGGCUUUUCGCCGCGCUUUCGAUAGCAUGGCCUUCAACUUCCAACUACACUCAGUUUGAUCGAAAUCCUCCACCGUUGUUAAUGGUCAUGGCUCGCCGAAGCCCGCUGAUGAUCAGGAUGGCAGAGCUUCUUCGGAAUGAUAACAUGCAAGAGAUUAUGCGGCAACGAGGUCCAUACCAAGCCCUCUUCGAUUUCCUUCACGUGCUCUCAGCACACCCUGCUACAACCCCGCUAGUCUGUGAUGUUCGAAUCAGCUAUCCUCUCGCCCGCACUCUACUCCCGGUCUGCUUCGGAUAUGGCCCUCUUCCAGUUUUAGACAGGUCGUCUAGCUCCAGUGACGAUGAAAAGGGAAAGGGGAAAGCGGUGGAGCUUGAAGAGAAGCAGGACCAGCCUCAAGAAACGCUCAAGUCGUUAGUGAGUCUACUUUCUGCCUUGAGAGUCCAGGCGGAAUCGGUGAAGCGACUCUACAAACCCAGCCCCGGGGGUCUCUCCCAGACGAUAGUCAUGUGCGACCGUAUUUGCGAGAUCUCCCAACAACUCGAAGGAGAAACCCUCAAGAAAGACAAGAGGGAAGUGACUAUUGACGAAGGAAGCAACCCUCCCUCUCUGACUUACUCACAAUCGACCGUUUCGUCAGUGGGAGAAUCACCCACCAUUCCCGAUGACAAGGAGGAGAGACUCACAGCCGCCCGGCAAUGGCUCAUCGAGAACAAGGUGCGGGAGAUGGAUUCCGAAAGAUGGCAAAGUGACUUCAAGAUUCCCAUCCCAGACUCGGAGGCCACCGCCCCCCGCCGUAUGAAGAAGCUCGUGAUGGAGCUCUCCAUGCUGCGUACCACGCUGCCCGACGGCAUCUUUGUUCGCCACGACGACACGCGGUUGGACGCCAUGAAGGUCCUCAUCGUCGGACCGGAAGGUACGCCGUAUGAGAAUGGGCUCUUCGAGUUUGAUCUGUUCUGCCCUCUCGAUUACCCAGAGAGGCCACCUAAGAUGGUCUUCAGAACAACGUACAGCCGUCGAAAGUUCAACCCGAACCUAUAUUCAAAUGGCCAAGUCUGCUUCUCCCUCCUCGGCACCUGGACAGGCAGCGCCGCCGAGAAUUGGGACCCCAAGAAGUCCACCCUCCUCCAGCUCCUCGUCUCCAUCCAUGCCAUGAUCUUCAGCCCGGACCCGGUCUGGAACGAACCCAACCAGGCCUUUUCCCCGGCAGCCUCGCUGGUUUACAAGACGGAGAUGCGCGCCGACACCCUCAUCUACGCCAUGAGCCACUGGCUCCAUCUGCGCAAGAACGCCCACCCGGCCGCCCAGUAUAACCCGUGGUUCGAGGUCGUGGCCCGCCACUUUGAGGUAAAUUGGCGACGGAUCCUCGAGACGGCCGAGAUCUGGGCCGCGGAGGACCCGGGAAGCCAGCGCAAGGCCGAGAAUGAGGUGGGCAUGAUCAUGAGGGAGAGACGCUCCAAAGAGAGGUUUCCCUGCGGGAUCCGGACGCUAAAGGGGCACUUUGCCGAGUGGGCUACUUCCGAGGAGGAGCUGGCGCUCGUGAGGCUUGGUCCCGAGGAUGAUGGCCCGAUCUAUACACCCGUAGGAAUGCCCUUGGAAAAUAGGCUUGAUCUACACUUUGACAUGUCUCCGCCCAUGUCUGACACCGACGGCGAAGACGAGUCCGAUGGAGAGUUUAAUCUACCACCAGCGAAUAGCACGCCCAAUGUACCGCCACCCGUAUCUCACCCUCAACCGGAGUUUCACCCUUUCCUACCUUAUAUUCCAUAA